AGAGGUUAGUUUAGGUAGGUUGGGUUGAGUAAGGUUAUAUUAGGUUAGAAUAAAAGCGGUAUUGAUGCGUAUGUAACACACAACACGUGAAAAUAUAAGUAACGAUGGAAAAUCGUCUUUCAAGGUUACCAGGAAAUCAUGGAGUCACAUUCGGAACUUUUGUCUUCGCCGAUGAAGGACACACUUUAGGAAAUGCACUCAGAUCUGUGAUACUUGAUUAUCCUGGUAUAAAGAUGUGCAGUUAUAAUGUGCCACAUCCUGCAGAAAAGAGGAUUCAUUUCACCAUUUCAACAACCGGUGAAAACGCAAUUGAAGUAUUGAGAAGGGGUCUACAGGAUCUUGAAAAAAUAUGCGAUUAUAUGAUUGAGACAUUUGAUAAGGAAUAUGAGAAACAUAAAUUUUCACAAGACAUAUCUAUGGACACUACAUAACAUGAUCAAAAUUUUUUUAUAUUUAUAAUGUAUUAUACAAAUAAGUUUUUAAAUAAAA